AGGUGCAUACUAGAUAAAAAUAAAUUACAACUAUUUUAAACUUUGGGGCCCAUGCUUACGGCACUAAGCGAUUGAUAGCUCCUUGCAAGCUCACGUAGUUCACCCGAGACAUCGCGAGACUUCAAACGCCAUUGGCCUUUAUUGCGGAGCUUCGCACGCUUGGUGUAAAAUUCACCACAGCAAGCCGGACUGUCUGUAAAUUUUAGGACACAUGGCACUAUGACCACAGGUUAACAUUGGGGGACUUUGCUGAUCCCAGUGGAAAAAGAAAGAGCACCCAUUUGGAUAUUAUCAUCUUUCUGUAGCCCUUGCUUCUGCCCAUCACCCUUCCUGUUGGAAGUGGAACUUGUAUCCCGUCAAGUCACAGUUCUGUAGUUCUCGUUUCAUAUGCAGGCUCCCAAGAAAGCUAGGUUGGAGCCCUCCACUAUGUCUAUCCGUGGUCCAAUCCCAAAUGGUCCCAUGCACCCCCGUCCCUUGGUGGCCUUGCUUGAUGGACGUGACUGCGCCAUUGAAAUGCCCAUCUUGAAAGAUGUUGCUACUGUAGCUUUCUGCGAUGCUCAGUCCACGCAAGAGAUUCACGAAAAGGUUUUAAAUGAAGCUGUAGGUGCUUUAAUGUGGCACACGAUUACUUUAACCAAAGAAGAUCUAGACAAAUUCAAAAGUCUCAGAGUCAUCAUCAGAAUUGGCAGUGGCUAUGACAAUGUAGAUGUCAAAGCUGCUGGUGAAAUGGGUAUUGCUGUGUGUAACGUUCCUGGCUAUGGUGUAGAAGAAGUGGCUGACUCAACGAUGUGCCUCAUAUUGAAUCUAUAUCGCCGAACGUACUGGCUCGCCAACAUGGUUCGUGAGGGCAAAAAAGUUAAUGGACCAGAGCAACUAAGAGAUGCUGCCCAGGGCUCAGCAAGAAUCAGAGGAGACACAUUGGGUAUUGUUGGUCUUGGUCGAGUAGGUACAGCUGUCGCAAUAAGAGCAAAAGUCUUUGGUUUCAAUGUUAUUUUUUAUGAUCCAUAUCUAGCAGAUGGGCUAGAAAAAUCUUUAGGUAUUACUCGUGUAUACACACUGCAGGAGCUCCUUUUCCAAAGCGACUGUGUUUCAUUGCACUGUAACUUGAAUGAACACAAUCAUCAUCUUAUAAACGACUACACAAUCAAACAGAUGCGGCCAGGCGCCUUCCUCAUCAACACAGCUCGAGGUGGUCUUGUAGAUGAGCAUGCUUUGGCAGCUGCUGUCAAGGAUGGCAGAAUACGAGCUGCUGCCCUGGAUGUACAAGAAAACGAGCCUCUUGUAUAUGCUAACAGUCCAUUGAAAGAUUGUCCAAACCUUAUCUGCACGCCCCAUUCAGCUUUCUACAGUGAACAAAGUGUGACUGAAUUAAGAGAAAUGGCUGCAGGUGAAGUGCGAAGGGCAAUCCUGGGUCGUAUUCCUGACAACUUGCGAAACUGUGUGAAUAAAGAGUAUUUCACCCCAACCACCAGUUCUGUGCGCUAUCCUUUUCCCCCAGCAGGCCCGUUUGCUGACAGUAUAAAUGGUGCUGCGGGCUAUCCAGCAUUUAACCCGGCUGUCGCAGCUGUGGCCAUUCAUUCAACAACAGACCAUCCUGCCGUGUCUCAUGGAGGGGCCAUUCUGACCACCGCCCACACAGCUCCAGACUCUGGGAAUCAUGUGCCCAAGCCGGAAAACCCCAGCCCUGCCCAUUAAGGAGGGGCUUGGUGGUGGGGGGGAAAGGUUGAAGGCAGCAUGUACUCAUGAGCAGGAAGGGGUCUUGAGGCUCUGAUCUGUCUGAAUGAAAGGCCAGCGAGUGUGAGAAUUGUUUGUCUUUUUAAAAAAACAAAAACUUAAACAAAAAAUUGAUGCGUUCGGUGCUUUGAAAUGACAGGUACUUUUAAUCAAACUUGUAUUUCACGAUUACAUGGGGAUAACCAAAAAACCAACAAAAAACAAACAAAAACAAAACACGGGCCUUGACUGGAGGGUGUCUUGUUGCAACAAUGUUCAAAUAUUCCACAAAUCUUAGCGUGUAACUGGCUUCUAAUUAUGGUUGUGUUGGUUGCAAGUUGUCCACAUGUUCAUGAUGAAAAGCUCAUAUGUCUUUAGGUGUUCUUUCUGUUGUCUCUGCGUACAAAGCAAGGGAUCACAUGUAAGAAUGCAAAUUGAACAUCUUCAUGAAAUAAUUUCUGUCGUAUUAAGAUGUUUUAAAAUGUAGUGAGAGAGCAGUAGAUAUUUUUGUAUAUACUAUACAGCAAAUGUUUUCCUUUUUGAAAUAUGCAUAGUGUGUCUUUGUGUCUCUACAUUGGGGUGAAUAAGAGAAGACCUUUAUGUUUUUUCUUUUUUUCUUUUUUUUUAAUCAGUGAAUCAUUAUCGCACCUUUGAGCUUUGCUAUAUAAAAUUAGAGGUGCAAAAAGUUUUAUGAUUAAAACGUUAUCAUUUUAAAUAUGAAAAUCUUUUUUUUUCUCCAGUUUUAGGUUGAGUUUUGUUGAUUUUCUCUUGAGCAGAGGAGUCAGGUUUACCAAAAAAAUAAAAUUAUACAGAGACGAGUACGAAUUCAUCAGCAGGGCUGCUGCUGCUAGAAAUGAAUAGUGGCAGAGGGGCAGCAUUAUGUUGUCCAACUGUCUUGCUACCUGUCUUUUUUUAUUUCAAUCCACGAAACGUAAUAGCCAUGACAUGAUUUUGUUCUUGGCACAUGCUUAUUGAUGCAGAUGUGUCAGAAGUUCAUGUAAAGCUGAAACAGAAUGUUUUAUGGCCCUUGGAGAGGGCAAAUCUCAAAUAAUAAUUUUCACAACUUUGAACAGUUGUUAGUAUGAAAAUGUUAUCACUCAUCUUUUUAUUUUACUCACAAGUUCUUGUGAGAGGUUUCUGGACUUAAAGAAAAGUAUGCACAUGUGUUGAGUUGCAUGUUUAAAUUUAGUAUCCACUACAGCAUCAGCAGGAUGUUUGUUUACACCACUGGUGUGGGUUUUUUUGUGUCCAUUGUUGGGAAUUUAUCAUGUGUGCGUGCUUCUGUCCUUGAUGACUUGCAUCAGACAUACUGUUCAAAGGACACAUUACCAGGUCCACAUUAAAUGACGUUGAAUUUCAUGACCAUUGAAAGUUACGUUACUUUCUUGUGCUGGUGUUGUAUAUGUUCACAGAUGUCCUUAUUUGCAUGUAAUGUUUUGUAGCCUAGUACGGUGCGUUGUAUGGUUGGUCACUCUUCUUGCUUUUUCCCCCCAUGAAUUCAUGUCAUCUUUUUUUGUAUAAAGAAAUGCUAUGUCGUGCAUCCAUAUAAAAUAUUAAAUUGGUUACUAAUAGAUGCAUGUGCUCUGUUCACAUGGUCUUCAAUUUGUGUGCUAAAGAAUGUCUCUAUAGAUGUGCAAGUUCACAUUUGAAUGGAGGUGGACUUAUUUUCCAGAAAGUCUGUUCUGUUCUGAGAUUUCUGGUUCAUUCAUGUUACAUUCUGAGAUUUCUGGUUCACGUUCCAUCUUUGUCACUGCAAAACAUAAUCAUUUUGAUUUUUUUUUUAUGCUUUACGUGUCAAAAUAUGCUAGAGGGUUAAUGUUUUUUUCUGGCUAGCUACAUUCUUAAAGCAUAAUUUACUGAUGGCACAUAUUUGGGCGUUAUUUGAAAAUAUACAAAACACAGGGUUCAUUCUCAAAGGAUUUGGUGAUUGCCAAAGACUCAUUGAAGCACAAACUCUCAUCUCAGAAUGUUUGAAUGUUUGCUGAUACAACAAUGUCGCCUUCCCCCUUUUUUAAGUUCUGGUAUAAAAAUGUCAAUAAAACAAUAUACAUGUACAAUAUUUCAGGCAUCGUCUUUUUUUUUAAAACCAUCUAUCAUAUUCAAUAUUGUUGAUAAAUUGUAUAGAUUUGUUUACAAUAAGGUGUUGGCUUAUUGUAAAACUAUCAUAUUACUAUAAAGCAUAACGUUAUAUAUAUAUAUAUAUAAAUAUUAUAUAUAUAUAUAUUUUGUACGACUCCACGACUUUAUAUUUAACGAAAAAAAAUGGAACGUAUUAAUUGUUGUUUUUAUAUUUGUUGCAUAGGUUGGCAGAUUUGGUUUUCAUUAGUGUUGAAGUGAAUAUUAAACCCAGAUAGAAAGCAGUGACAAGUGUGCUGGAUCUUGUCUUUGAAAGUUGAAAGAGCAUAUAGAGGCUAAGUUUUUGCAGCUCUUUCAAGGACUAGCUACUAUCGGUGGACUCUGAACAGUAGCGUCAGUAUCACAAUACCCAAAAAAAUUAUAUGGACCUCAAGGUUUGGGCUUCGGUUCACAAUGUUAAUCAGGUUAUAGAUUUGUGAUGUUUGUCUUCUGAAAGAACAUUAUCACAGUUGAAAAGAGCCAGAAAAUCUGUUUAUUGUGGAAGUGUGUCUUGACAGAGCUUGGUCUUUAUUCUCCAUUUUGAUGGUCUUGAAGUUUCGCUAGGUUUUGCACUUGAUGAUACAACGCUUUGAAGUUUGUUUUCAUCUGAUGUGCACUGUCACAGUAAUGCCCUCGAAACGUAUAAUUCUUACGGUCAGGAAAGUUAUUUAUGAACUAUGAAAAUGGGGCAGAGCCGUUAAAGAUAGACAUGCUUCAUAGCAAGAAAUGUUUCAGUGUGGGUAAUUAAAAUUAUGGUUUGUUUUCUGUAUUAGAAAAUAAGCAUUGUACUGUUAGGGGGCUGAACUGGUGCUUUUACUCACACUAUACUGAAAGGCUUAGCCUUUCUGAAUGCGCUUAUGUUGCUGUCGGAUUUUCUUUGGGCUGCGUGAGAUUGGAGACAUGCUUACGUGUAUCAGUAUUGAUGGAACAUAAAUUGAGAUGUGAAAAUGAAUAGUACCAGUGAGGAUCCUCCUCAAGGAGUGAUAGGGAAAUUUUGUCCACUUGUGUCUCAUAUGGGAUGGGUGUACAGAAAGCUAGAAUAUUUGGUUGAUUUUGUAUUUUCUUAUUUUGUCCCAUGUCCGUCGUAUCCCAAACUGUUGCUCCAAGAAACAGCGAUUUCAUUACUUCGUUUCUUGUCACCAAUGUAUGCUCAUUAGUCAUAUUCAAAAUGCACUGAGAAUAUUAUAUUACUGAAUUCGUCCUAAAUGAUACAUGAAAAAAUUAGUGAGAUUGAGUUCUCACAACUUAAUACUGAGUUUUUGCGCAUCCAGAGUCGCACAUUUUGAACUACAAUACUUGAAGUACAUGUAGCAUGAUAUUGUUAAUGUCCUACUUGGUUUGAAAUGAUUAUAAUCUACUUCAUUUGUUGGCUUGAUGACGUAAUUGGACUCAAUCAUUUGUGUAUAUACACUGUGUACAUUAUCACUUAACACUUCUUAUCGUCCAUUUCUUGUUUUUAGAUUUGCUGUCAUGGUCAAAUUGGUAUUGACAAUGGUGAUGGAUAACUACAAAUUCUUAAAAAAUCCCCUCCCUCAUCACAUAUGUGCAUCAGUCCUCUUGUGCUGGCUGAGGUGCGGUGAACACUUGUUCAGCUAGUCACGGUUGCAUGCUGUCUAGAGCCAAAAGUCGGAUGACCAAUGGGGCCUCUAAUGUAAAGAAUAAACCUUCAUGUCUAAUGGAGUUAAAAUUGACUACAGUUUGACUUGUAUCAUUGGCCAUUGGUUGUCCUGUUAUAAGACCAUCAUUGUGUGUCCGAUUGCAGAGAUAGACGGCAUAUUGCUUUUCAGAAAGGAAUCAGGGUUCAAGUACUUUAGAAGUAUUGUAUGUGAAGGAUCUUCCAUCUGAUUUUUGUUAACCACCUUCAACCCCUGUGCUUGAAAUUUAGUGGUCUCAGUGGUCUCCCGUUUUUAUGUAAAACUGAACCGUGUCUGGCAGAAAUCGUUAAAAACUAAUGCGCAUGUUUUGCAGAUCUCAAAUUGAGUCCAGUUGAAUUAACGUCAAUCCUGAAGAAUUUUGGACAGCUGUGGGUAUUAUAUCUGUGUACGAAAUGGGCAAGUGUUUACCUUCAGUGACAUACAGCAUGUAACCAGUAGAGUUCCAUAAGCCAAAAAGAACCCCGCCCCCUCCCAUUCCCAAGCUCAUGUUGACUCCCUAUGCAUUUUCAUCAGGUUCUCCUCGUGUUAGUUUCCAGCUGUGUCAUUUCUCCCCUGAUUCUAUGCAGUUUUCUAACCCAAUGUCUAGUUUGCGUAUCACAAUUCCUGUUUAUUUUUCUCAUUUUAUGAAGACUCGUCCUUUUACGUCCGUGACUACAGAAAUGUUGAUGGUAGUCCCUCAAGUUUUUUGGACUGUCAGUGAAGUAACACAGGAAGAGUACCAAUUUUAAAAAAAAGAUGGGUUUUAUAAUUCUGUUGAAAUUUACGUCCCAGAUGAGCAAAAACAGACCAACCCAGACCAAUACAAAGGUGUACUUGUAGUUUUAGUGGUAGUUGUCUCAUGACUUUCCUGGUGUUAAUUAUAUCGUGCAUUGUCUUACCAUAUGAGGUCCUGCUAACCCUGCUCUAUAACUGUAAUAACAGAAGUCUGCCAAGUGACUGGAUAGGAAACCAAGUGAAAUGCCCUGCUCAUGUGUAUUAUUGUACGUUUUUUUUAGUUGUCAUAUACUUGUUUUUUCUUCACUUACUCAGUGUCGGUUAAUUUUUUUUUUUUUUAAUUGAAAAACCUCUCUUCUCCAUUUGUAUAUGUAGCACUGUAGUGACAUAUUUGUCCUUUUUUUUUUUUUGGUUUUUUUUUUUUUGGUCAUCUUGAUUCUCUGAUCGUGCGUUGUUGGGCUGGUAGAGCACAGCGGGUGGAGGCCUGUGUGUUGCGAAGCAUGAGAGGGCGACACCGUUUGUUUUGUGCUGCGGCUUGCCGACAAUAAUGGUCAUCUCAUUAAUCAUCUCCAAUAAAUAUCAUGAUGUCUUUUGUGUGGGAGAAGUAAGAGUACUGCUCGUCUUCUUCCACAAGAACUUGUUAAUAAUAAACUAAAUGACUUUUU